AUGGCAAGCAAAGCAGCCCACAAACGUCUCGCUAAGGAGUAUGUGAGCAUGCAGAAAGAGCCGCCGCCGUUUGUUUGGGCAACACCGGACGAAAAGAACAUUUUGACUUGGAAUUACCUUAUCCGCGGACCUCCUGAUUCGCCUUUUGCUGGCGGCGAGUAUCACGGUGUACUCAUUUUCCCCGCAGAAUAUCCCUUCAAGCCACCGGGUAUCAAGAUGUUUACUCCUUCCGGUCGAUUCCAACCUGACAAGAAGAUUUGUUUCUCCAUGUCUGAUUUCCAUCCUGGUACUUGGAAUCCCGCCUGGAGUGUCGCCACGAUACUCACAGGAUUACUGUCCUUCAUGCUCUCCGACGAGAUGACCACUGGCUCGGUGACAUCCUCAGACGGUCACAAGCGAGCCUAUGCUGCUCGCAGUCACUCUCAUAAUUUGACACAGCCAAGAUUUAGAGAAGCCUUCCCAGACUACUGUACGGAUACUCCCCGAGAUCUACCAAACAUGGGCGAGCAGGAGAGAGGGAAACCAGAUACGGCAGCCACACCCACUUCACCUACAAGCCCUAGUCCGUUUUCUCCUUCUAUCUCGAGAUCUACCACAGCGACGCACCAGCUGCAGGUGUGUGAUAGACGACCAGCAGCACAGGCUCCCGCUGCCACGACGACGUCGCACGCAAGCGAUGUCGUAAAUACUAGUAGCUUGGCAUCUACAAACAAGCCGACUACGACACCGCAAGGGUGGACAGGGCAGCUGCGCCAGGUCUUGUGGGAGAAAUGGAGAUGGGGUGUGCUGAUCGCUUUCGCCGUCAUUGUGUCACGGCUGUCAUCGAGCCCUUGA